AAACUAGUCAUGAAAACCACCGUUCUCGUUCCCUUGUACAUUUAUCCCUUGCCCCAGGCGUGGGAUCCAUUAUUCCAGGCCAUCCAGGACUACCCUCACGUCUCCUUUCUGAUCAUCGUCAAUCCCAAUAGCGGCCCGGGAACCCCCGAGCAGGCUUCCCCUGAUGAUGCCUACCGCGUGGCGGUUUCACGGCUGCACGCCUUCCCCAACGUGGCCACUGUAGGCUACGUGCUGGUCGACUAUACUCGACGCCCGCUGCACGAGGUCACUAGCGAUAUCGACCGGUAUGCAGCCUGGGCGGCUCUGCCGGGCCUGGCCCUCGGCGGCAUCUUGCUUGACGAGACCCCAAACCGCUGGACGCACGAGGCUGAGACCUACCUCGCAACUCUGACACGGCAGAUCAAGAAAUCCUUCCAAAAUGCACUAGUCGUGCAUAAUCCAGGAACACCCCCGGAUCCUGGGCUCACCCACUCGGCGGAUGUGGUGGUGACGUGCGAAGAGAGCUACUCCCGAUGGAAGAGCGACGAGAUCCAGACAUAUCUCCGACGGAUGCGGUAUCCGCGCGGAAUGGUCGGAUACCAGCUCAACGCCGUGCCGAUCGGGGCCCUGGGUAAAGUGGUCCGUGAGGUGCACGAGGUGGCAGCGUACGUCUUCGCGACGGAGGUGGAAGGCGACUUCUACGAGCGAUUCGGGCGGACCAGUUGGAAAAUUCUGCUUGACGAGAUAUCCCAACUGACUAGCCAGGCCGAGUCCACGGUCCAGUCCGUCGAUAAGGUGCUCGGAUAG